UCCAUGUGGCACGUGAUGUAACAUUUAACGGUAAGACACGAAGGGGGGGUGGACUCGCGCUGCUGCGAACCGGUUCCGCCGUUACAUUCCCGCAGAAACUGGUUGAUCACACCGGGACCAGACUCGAGUCUCAGACAUUGGGGUUUUACAACCACAAUGUCCUAGGAAGCGAAAACGCUUUAAAAAGGGAGGGAGGAGUCCUAACUGUUGCUGCAGGCUGUAACGGGGUGACUCGAGCUGGGCGAGAGUUUGGAUGUGGCGUGGCUUUUAACCCAAGCGCGGAGUGACUGACGCCGGGUUGAAUGGACACGCUGUUCUGGGAGCUGAGUGCGCAGCUGUAUGGUGACCUGGUGACACAGCUGAACACGGCGAGUCCUGGUCUGAGGCUGGUCUCUAAGAACAGCAUUCACUAUGCCUGGCAAAGAGUCCAAACGCAAGGCGGAUGCUGCUAAGCGCAGCAAUCGUCCAGCUCCGCCUAUUCGUAUCGGGAUUCCAACGCACAGCAACGAUGAUGUUAAUUUUUCUGGAACUGGCUUUCGUCAUCGAGUUCGUCGUUGGCCGACCAGUGUGAUUUCUAACAAAGCUCACAAGUUGGUCCUUCCAGAUGAGAUUCCUGACAAGAAAUUCAUCCUACUUGUUGGGGACUCCCACUUGAGGUCCGUGGCAGAUGGCAUAGUCCCUAUGCCGGUUGGCGGCCUCGCUUUUGGUGUGAUGUCCACUCCAGGAGCUUGUGCAGAUCUUCUGCGCCUUGAGGUUUCACAGGCUGUGUUACCUCGGGAGCCUGAUGCUGUUUGCGUCAUGGCUCCUUCUAACAACCUUACGGCCAGCAGAACAGUUGAAGAGGCAGGGGAUGCUUUUGAGCGGUACCUUUUGGCUGUUCUCAGUCGCUGGCCUAAGGUUUUCUGUACCUCCAUGAUUCCCCGUUUAGUUGGUUCCUGGGAGCGUCAAGACCUGUUUCAGCAGGAGUACCACCGCAGAUCGGCUAAGCUUGGUGUAAGUUAUGUGCCGAUCCACGAUCACCUACCCAGGUACCGUCUUAAACUGUGGUGCCGUGAUGGUAUCCACCUCAGUGAUAAUCACGGGAUGCCUAUACUCACGCAACUGAUGUGGAAUGCCUCCUAUCAGUUCUUGGAGACACACGCACCAAAGCCACUGGUGCAGCACCAGGUGUCUCGUCCGCAGAAAGCGAGUAUUGUGCCCCGUGUGGUUGUGAAGGGUGUGGAACGCAUUCCACCUCCACGCCCUUCCGAAUGGACGUUUGUGCGACCUAGCGGGAAGAGAAACCAUUCAGGGGAAUUUGAAAAGACUUCUAAUUCCCCCAAGAAACGAGUGGUUGUUUCUAAGGCUGAUGACACUUCAGUGGCCUUGAAGGAGUGUUUCAUCCCCCUGAAUCCCGUUAGGUUCUCACCUUCAAUUCUGGCUGCCAUGGACACGAUUGCUCCAGCGGAUGGUCCCACAGAAUUACAGACUACAUCUGUGCGACAUUUUAAGAAAGCAGCUAGGCGUGUCCAGCAGGAGGUUGCAUCCACACCUUGCAUAAAUCCUCUUGCAGACGUGGAGUCUGUUCGGUCUAGGAAGGAGGUGUUGGACUGUGACCAGCUGCCUUCACCCCACCAUCAGGAGGCAUCUGGUUGUCCUGGGUCUGUCUCUGGGUCUGUUGCUGCCCAUGCUGUGAUGCUUCCUUCUGGCCAUCAUGCGCAUGCAUCACCCAGAGGUCAGUCUGCUAACACCCCUUCUUGCGUGCGUUCACAGGUUUUGCUGUCAUCUCUAGUUCCAGAGACAACUGUUCAAAAUCCUGUUGUAAAUAAUUUUGAUAAAGAUAAAACAAUUUUACACAACGAUGAUACAGUUUUAGACUCUGUCCUAGGAUCAUUUCACCAGGGCGAUAGGCGUUUUAAAUAUGGGGGAGUUCAGUGUGCAGCUAUUACUGUUGUUGCUUUAACAAAGCACAAACAGAAGAGUGUUUUCUCUUGGGAUUUUGCCGUGUUGGAUAACGUUGUUGAGUUAGGAGAUCAGCUGUACACAGAUUUGCGCGACAACAAGAAGAUUAGAGGUGGACAUGAGUUUCUCUCUGUUCCAGACUUGCCAAAGGAAAUUGACAUGGAAGAACAGAGUUUUAAGCUUGUUUACGGGGAUUUCGUUAUAGGAGAUGUAGAUGUAGCUGAAGGCGAGUUAAUAGAUGCUGGUGUGUACACUCCUCUCCUGGAUGGAUUGAAGAAGAUGUGCACACAGCAUGAAACUUGCAUUAUGACAUUAAGUGGCAAUACUUGUGCUAUCAUUUGUGAUAAUGGACGUUAUGCUGUAGUAGAUUCCCAUGCACGCUCCGCAGACGGCAUGGUAGACCCGACAGGACAGAGUGUAGUUCUGUACUUUGCGAACCUUGAUAAUGUUUUUCAACAUUUUCAGAGGUUUGCUAGUGAACUGGUGGGAUCUCAGAGGUUAUUUGAGAUCACUGGAGUGGAUAUUGUUCAGAUGGACACAUUUAAACAUGUAUCUGAACAAACAGAUGACAUUGACAUAAACCCUGCUAUUUUUGUUAGUGAUGCUAGUACUAAAGAUUUUCAUUUCAGUCCCGUUUCUACAGACGUGUCACAGGCGUUGAGUAAAUGUCUGAAUGUGAAGUCUGCGAUCGUUGAUGAAUCAUCUCCUGUUCCUUCAUGUAGCACAAGUGUGGUUAAUGUUGAUGAUGACAACAGUAUUGUAAACAAUGAUACAAUUUUAAGCUCACUUACAGGAUCAUUUAAUCAGAGCGAUGGGCGUUUUAAAUAUGGCGGCGUUCAGUGUGCAGCAAUAAGUCUUGUUGCUUUAACUAAGCACAACAUACAAAGUGUUUUUUCAUGGGAUUUUGCCAUGUUGGACAAUGUUGUUGUUUUGGGCGAUGAGUUGUACACAUAUUUACGUGACAGUAAUCUAAUAAGUGCUGGGAAUGUGUUUCUUUCUGUUCCAGAAUUGCCAAAGGAAAUCGUUAUGGGCAAACAGACUUUUAAGUUGAAUUAUGGCGAUUUUGUUUGUGGAAAUGUAGAUAUCGUUGAAGGCGAACUUAUAAAUGCUGGAGUGUACACUAGUCUUUGGGAUGGUUUGAAUAAGAUGUGUACACAAUAUGAAACAUGUUUUAUUACACUUGGAGACAAUACUUGCGCUUUACUUAGUGAAGAUGGACAUUAUGCUAUUGUUGAUUCACAUGCUCGUUCUGCAGAUGGAAUGGUUGACCCAAACGGUAAAAGUGUAAUUCUAUACUUUAGUAGUCUUGACAAUGUUUUUGGAUAUAUUCUGAGGUUUGCCAGUAAAUUAAAUGGAACUCAGAAGUUAUUUGAGAUUAGUGGAGUUAACAUUGUUCAGAUGGACACAUUGAAAAAUGUUUCUGAACAAACAAGGUUGCCUCCAACAACAGGAAAGGAGGUUAGACGUGAAGAGUCAUUUCCACUCUCGGAACCAAUAAAGUUACAGACAGAUGACACCGACGUAAACCCUGUUGUUUUUGUUAGUGAUGUUAGCACUAAAGAUUUUCAUUUCAAUCCCAUUUCUAGAGACGUGUCACAGGUGUUGAGUAAACGUCUGAAUGUGAAGUCGGCAAUGGUUGAUGAAUCAUCUCGUGUGAUUGGUGAAUUGGGUGUACCAUGCAUGAAUAAAUCAAUAGUGGCAGAUGGAAACUGUUUUUUUAGAGCACUUAGUCAAGCUGUUUAUAGCACCCAGGAAUAUCAUAGAAAAAUCCGUCUUGCUUUGGUCAAUCAGUUAAAAAAGAAUCCUCAAACUUAUCAAACCAUUUUAAGAAGUGAGUAUUCCUCAGUUUCGCAGUACCUCACCUCAUCCAGGAUGCAGUACGUUGGCAGUUGGGCAACUGAAGUGGAAAUUCAAGCUGCUGCUGAUUAUUUUGGCAUUAACAUAUUUACUUACUGUAAUGAUAAAUGGCUUAAAUACACUUCCAACAGAAACUUUUCACAGCAGGCUGUUUAUUUGGAGAAUAGUAAUGGUAACCAUUAUGAGACAGUGGUUUGUGUAAAACAACCUAACACAGAAACUUGUUAUGGUUAUUGUGGCCCUGUAGAUAGUAUUUCUGGUAGAUACAAUACUCGACAUGCCCCUACAGAACAUUUAAAAUGUUCAGUAGAAACUGUGACACUUGAGCCGAGUUCCAUAGAUACAGAUGGUGUUAGUGUUGUUCAUUCAAAGACUUUAUUUACUCCUAUGUCUGCAGAUUUUUGUAAAACUCUGUGUAAUCGGUUGAAAAUUGAUUUUGAGAAACACAAUUCUCAAGAAUCCACAUCAGGUGGGCCUUUAGGAAAUGUGUGUAAGACAGAACAUAUUAUUAAAGAUGAUAACAGUUUUUUUAGAGCUGUAGCUCAUUUAAUUAGUGGGUCACAGAAGGGCCAUCGUAAGAUCAGACUCGCUGUUGUUUCUUAUAUGUCCAAAAAUGUUGAAGAGUGUGAGAACUUUCUGGGAAAAGAACAUGCUUCUGUGUCAGAAUACAUAAAAAAGUCACAGAUGAAUUAUGUCGGUCACUGUGCUACAGAAGUAGAAUUUAGAACUACAGCCAGUGUUUUAGGAAUACCCAUAUUUAUCAACAAUGGCACAGAGUGGGUCAAAUAUAGUUCUCAAACUAGUAAUUUUGUCACUGAGGGACUAUAUUUGUCAAACUGUAAUAAUCAUUUUGAACCCGUUCUUUGCAUAAGACUGAGUAAUAAAGAAACAUGUUUUGGGUUUUGUAAAGUUGAUUCUUUGUCAGACAACAUAAACAAAUGCAGAAGGUCAACUAUGAUGCAGUUAAAUGCUGACCCAAACAUGGAAAAGGUAAAAACGAGGAAGAGUUUUUCCAGAUAUUUAAAGCAAAAUAAGGCUUAUGCAGAAGCCUCUAAUUAUAAAACAGUAAAUGCAGUUAAGGACAAAAUAAAAAGUCAGAAGAAAAAUGCAUACAAGCAAAAUGUUGCUUAUAGAAUGAAAAAGAUCAGCGUGACCAAAUUUAAAUACAAAUUUCUUCUUUCACAUAAAGAGAAAGUAAAAAAGAUGGCUUCGUUUUACUACCAUUACAACUUGUCUAAGAAAGAGAAAGUUAAACAGAGGGCCAAACAUAGGUCCAUUUUCAACUACCAUCAUAAUUUGGCUCACAAAGACAAAGUUAAACGGAGGGCCAAACAUAGGUCCAUUUUCAACUACCAUCAUAAUUUGGCUCACAAAGACAAAGUUAAACGGAGGGCCAAACAUAGGUCCAUUUUCAACUACCAUCAUAAUUUGGCUUAUCAAGAAAAGCUUAAACAGAUGAGUGUGUAUAACUACCAUCAUAAUUUGGCUCAUCAAGACAAAAUGAAAGAGUUGAGUAGAAAGAAAUACCUUAAUGUUGAACAUAAGACAUGUUUAAUAGAAAGUAUCCAGCAUAAAAGAAUGCUGAUUAAAGUAAAUUCACAAAACUUUGAUUUUGUUUUAGAUCAGUUUUUAGAGAAGGUGAAAGAUGGACCUGAUUUUGUGUGUUGUGUUUGCUCACGUUUGUUGUUUAGACAUCAGGUCUUAAAUUGUAAUCAAGAAUACUAUAGAAAAACCAAAGAAAUGUCACUUAUAGCAGAUAAAUGUAUAAGUGACAAUCAUCUACACAAAUGCAAUGAUGCAUGUAGAUUACCUUGCAAAUUGAAUGUAUGUAGAAAUAAAUUGUACAUCUGUUACACGUGUCAUUAUAAAAUUAGUAAAUGUCAGAUACCCCCAGAAAGUUCAAUCAACAGGCUGACUAUUGAUCCCAUCCCACCUCAACUGGCAUGUUUAAAUACAUUAGAGCAACAUUUAAUAGCGAUGAAUAUACCAUUUAUGAAAAUGUUGGCUCUGCCUAAAGGUGGUCAGAAUGGGAUUCAUGGCCCGAUAUGUUGUGUACCUGCAAAUAUAGUGGAAACGUGCAGUUUGUUACCACGUACCAACAUGGAGGGGUCUUUAUUACCUGUAAAGUUAAAGCGUAAAUUGACAUAUAAAGGACACUAUGAUUAUCAGUAUGUCGACACACAGCAUGUUCAGGAAGCUCUUCAGUAUUUAAAACAUCAUAAUUUGCAUUACAAAGAUGUAGAGUUCAAUGAGUCUUGGAUUAACACUUUUACUCAGGAAGAUGAGUCAUCUGUCUUGGAAGAGGAUAGUGGUUCUAGUAAAGAUGAAGAUACUUGCAUAGAUGGAGAAGAUGAGUUAUUGCAUGACAGACAACAGCACUGUAUGUUUCAGGACACCUGUCUCAUGCCAGUAGAUAUAGGACAAGAAGCAUUGGACCAGUAUGUAGAUAACAUAUUAAAUGUAGCUCCAGGUGAAGGUAACAAUCCAGUGAAAUUGCUUUCAGAUUUUACAAAUGAAGCAAAAUGUUUUCCCGUCUUGUUUCCUUCAGGAUCGAAUACUUACUAUGAAAGCAGACAAUUUCGUUUGACUCUGAAUCGGUAUUUCAACAACAGGCUUCUUCAUGUCGAUGGUCGGUUUGCUAACAAUGUAGAAUAUAUAUUUUUUGCACAGUACAUGUCUGAACUAGAGCAAGUUGUGUCCAAAGUUUCUAUAGCUUUGCGUAAAGGUAAAAGCGGUGAGUCUCAGAAGUUGGGUAAUAUGAUACAGGAUCAGGAUUCUUUAAGUAAGCUGUUAGAGUUUGAUGAUGGCUACCGGUUUCUUAAACCAAUUCGCGGCACACCUGCUUUUUGGCAAUCUGCUCAGCGAGACCUCCUGGCUUGUGUAAAAAUGUUGGGCAAACCUACUUGGUUCGCAUCAUUUUCAUCGGCAGAUUUGAGGUGGACUAACCUUCUUUAUAGUAUUUUGAAACAGGAAGGCAGAACAGAGACAGUUGAACAGCUGGAGUGGGCUGAUAAAUGUGACCUCCUACGUAGGAAUCCAGUAACUGCUGCCCGAAUGUUUGAUUUUAGAUGGCAUGUCUUCUUAAGGGAAGUGCUAAUGUCUCCUGCCAAUCCCAUUGGUAAAAUAGAAGAUUAUUAUUAUCGUGUUGAGUUCCAGCAGCGUGGUUCUCCUCACUGUCAUUGCCUUUUCUGGGUUUCUGGUGCUCCCAUUUUAGAUAAAAACUCAGAUGAGGAGGUCACUGCAUUUGUUGAUGAAUAUGUGACAUGUGAACUUCCUUCUGAAGACGAUUCACUACAUGAAGUCGUCUCAUCUGUCCAGCAGCACUCCAAACGGCAUUCAAAGACUUGUAGAAAGAAAAAAACUGUUUGUCGUUUUAAUUUUCCACGACCCGCAUCUGUUAGAACUUUUAUUAGCCGCGGUGAAAAGUAUCAAGAUGCAGUGAAGACUUGCAAGUGUGAUAAAACAGAUAGCACUGUACAGUGUGCCUGUGUGUCUCAAGAUAAAGCACGUAAACAGGAAAUGGACAAAGAAGUAGCAAGUGCCAUUUUAACUAAAGUGAAGACUGCUAUUUCUAGUGAAGACUGUCCAUAUAACAGUGUAGAAGGUUUGUUUCAGGGCCUGGGUAUCAGUCAGGAACUAUUUGAAAUGGCAUAUAAACGAUUUAGUCGAAAUACACAUGUUGUUUUGAAAAGGGAAGUUAAUGAAAUCUGGAUUAAUCAGUAUAGCAAGUUGCUGUUAAAAGCUUGGAAUGCUAAUCUUGAUAUCCAGUAUUGCGUCGAUGCUUAUGCGUGCUGUGUAUACAUAAUAUCUUACAUGUCUAAAAGUGAACGGGAAAUUGGCCUUCUGCUUGCUAAUUCUCAAAGAGAAGCAGCUAAAGAUGGUAAUCUUAGUGCUAAAGAGGCCUUAAAGAGUCUUGGUAAUGUUUAUCUUCAUAAUCGGGAUGUUUGUGCGCAGGAAGCAGUCUACAGGCUAACUAACAUGCAUCUUAAGGAGUGUUCUAGGAAAGUUGUGUUUGUUCCCACUGGUGAUAAUAUAGUGAAAAUGAGUUUGCCUAUUUCUGUUUUGAGGCAAAAAGCAGCAUCACAGGAUCUUACUUCAGAUGACAUGUGGAUGACCGGAUUAGUUGAUCGUUAUAAGAAGAGGCCAAAUGAUGAUGUGUUCAAUGAUAUGUGCCUGGCUACGUUUGCAUCAGAAUAUCGUGUUUUGAGUAAAAACGAAAAAUGUAGAAAUCCUAUAAAGUUAAGUAAUGAUUUAGGAUUUGUUACAAAAAGAACUCGGACUAAACCAGCGGUUGUUCGUUACGCGCGUUUCUCUGAAACCAAAGACCCAGAGAAAUUUUAUCAAAGCAUGUUGCAGUUGUUUUUACCGUACCGCCAUGAUAGUCAACUUAAGCUUAACUGUGAAACCUUUGAGGAAUUUUACAGAACUGGUUUAAUUAGAUUUUUUGAUAGAACAAACCACUCGGUAAAGGCUGUUGUAGAUUUAAAUCGGGGUAAAUUUGAGUUAGAAUCUGAUCAUUUGGAUGCUGUGAAUAAUCUAGUCGGUGAUGUAAUGUUAGAAGAUGCAUGGUGUGAGUUGUGUCCGGCAGUUGAAAUGGAACGUUUGGAGUGUGUUGAAAUACUGAAAGAAUCAGAACCAACAGUAAGUGACGAGGCAGAAGUAAUCCCAGAUUUGGCUCCAUGUUCAAACCAAACUACACAUUUAGAGAAGAGAAACACGAUGAGUAGAGGUGAAGGUCUGGCAUUGAUUAGGUCUUUAAAUGAAAAACAGUUUUCUGUUUUUAAUCGAAUCAGGCAGUGGUGUGUAGAUAAAGUUAAUGGUAAUAACCCUGAACCACUGCAUGUUUUUGUUACAGGCGGGGCGGGCGUUGGGAAAAGUCAUUUAAUUCGAGCAAUAGAGUAUGAAACUCAGAGAUUACUGUCACCAAGCUGUAGACAUCCUGAUAAUGCAUGUGUAGUAUUGGCAGCUCCUACUGGGAUUGCAGCAUAUAAUUUAGGUGCAACAACAAUCCACACUACACUGUCUAUAGGAAAGGAUGUACGGUUACCGUACACUCCUCUGGGUGAAGAAAAACUAAAUUCUUUACGUACAAAAUAUUGUGAUUUGCAGCUUCUUAUUAUUGAUGAAAUAUCAAUGGUAGAUCAUAACCUGUUGUCCUAUGUUCAUGGUAGAUUACGUCAAAUUAAAAAAACGGGCGACUUUUCACCUUUUGGAAAUGUCAGUGUAGUGGCUGUUGGAGAUUUCUUCCAGCUACCUCCUGUUAAAGGGAAACCACUCUAUUCUGAUGGUGUAGGUAGCAACUUAUGGUCAAGCCUAUUUAAAGUUGUACAGUUAACUGAAGUCGUUAGACAGAAAGAUGCUGUGUUUUCUGGACUGCUAAAUAGAAUCAGAACUCAUACAAAAGGUACACCAUUGUUACCUGAGGAUUUAAAGGUUUUAAAAACGUGUGAAACAGGUGAGGCAAGCUCAGCAUUGCACAUAUUUGCAACAAAUAAUCAAGUAAAUAAUCACAACAUCCAUCAGUUAUGUCACGUUUGUCCUGAUUACAUAUCAAUUACAGCCAAAGAUUAUGUUAAUGAUAAAAGAACAGGCAAACUGAAGUUGUUGGAAGGGAAUCAUGCCAGAGCUUCUAAUACUAACUUGUCAGAAGUGUUACAGUUGGGUAAGGGUGCGCGUGUAAUGUUGUGUAAAAAUGUGGAUCUCAUUGACGGUUUAGUAAACGGAAUUUGUGGUACUGUGACAGAAAUGGUAAUAUUAGAAAAUGACACCUUUCCUAAAAAGGUUUAUGUUCAGUUUGAUGACCAUCGUGUAGGCUUGCAGAGGAGGAAAACCUCCCAGUCUCUGUCAUCAAAUUUAGCUGGAUCUACACCUAUUGAACCCGAGGAGGAAAGAGCCACUGUUAAAGGUGGAUUACGUCGACAAUUUCCUCUUAAAUUAGCUUGGGCGGUUACGGUUCAUAAAGUUCAGGGACUCACUCUUGAAAACGCCGUUGUUAGUUUUAGGAAAAUAUUUGCACCAGGUCAAGCAUAUGUAGCACUUAGCCGUGUAACAAGUCUUUCAGGACUCACAAUUCAGGACUUUGAUGAAAAACGAAUCUAUUGUAAAGAUGACAUUACAGUUGCAGUUAACGAUAUGACCCCUUUUUUGUCUCCAAACUCACAGUUCGACAGAUUUAACUCUUCUGCAUUCACUGUGUUUUUAAUGAAUGUCCAAAGUCUGAAUCGACACGUUAAAGACUUAGCUUUCUGCACACAGCAUUUGCAACCUAAUUGCAUUGCUGUCACAGAAACAUGGGUAUCUACAGACAGAUCAGAUGCAGUACAGAUUGAUGGCUAUAGUUUUUACAACUACCCACGAGGUUUAGCUUAUUCUAGUACUCAAGAGUCAUUGAUUGCUUUUCAAGAACAACAACAUGGUGGUGUUGGCUUUUAUACCGCAGAUGGUGUGGCAUUUAAAAUGUUGCAAGCUCCAGACGUCAACUUGGAGAGUUUAGUGUAUAGCUUUGUUAACUUACACAUAGUACUUGGACUCAUUUAUCGACCGCCUUUGUAUCCCCUUUCUUUGUUUAAAGUAAAUUUAACAAAGUUGCUUGAUUGGCUGGAGGUACAAAGUGAGACAUUAGUACUAAUGGGAGAUUUUAAUGAUGACAUUUUAAAAUCAUCAGCAGUAUUAAAACUUUUGACUGACAGAGGCUAUGCCCAAAUAGUCAAACAGCCAACGACCGAGAAAGGCACUUUAAUAGAUCAUGUCUAUGUAAAAUCCAAAAAGUAUAUAGCAGAAGCAUCUGUUAUUCCAACGUAUUUUAGUGAUCAUCAGGGCAUCAUUUGUGAUUUUACACGGCUUUAGUUUACAUCAAAAACAGAUUUGAUUUGAUCAACACCUAACUGCAGAAUUUGUAAUGUAAAGAGGUGUGUGUGUGUGUGUGUGUGUGUGUGUGU